AUGUUCCUCAAGGGCUUUGUUCUUCUGUCCUUAUCGAUAUGCAUUUGGGGCACGCCUCUCUCGCGCAGCCUAGAGGUGCAUGAGUCUCGCGACACUAUCCCAGAAGGCUUCACUCUCACGGGACCUGCCUCUCCUGACACUGUGCUGGACCUUCAGUUAGCUCUCGUGAGCAGCGAUCCCGACGGGCUCAUCGAGAAGCUGUACGAUGUGAUCACCCUAUCUAGCGCGAAUUAUGGCCAGUACCUUUCGACAGAUGAGUCAAACUAUUUCUUGGCCCCAACCCAAGAGUCAAUGACGGCCGUCAACGAGUGGCUCGCAGAGAAUGGCAUCACUUCGACUACAAUCGGUUCUGUGGGCAAUUGGCUGUCGAUCUCCAUCCCUGUCAGCCAGGCGAACGCGAUAUUCGAUGCAGACUUUUCCGUCUUCACAUAUGAGAGCAGCGGCGCGGAGAGCAUUCGAACCCUCUCGUAUUCUAUACCGUCGAGUUUAAAGGACCACCUGGACCUGGUUCAUCCCACCGUCACGUUUGUCCCUCCGAGGACUCAACUCCCCUUCAACACUGUCAAACUUGCCACAGUGCCGAGUCCCGCGGCCACGCCUUCAGCGUGCGAUAACGGCUAUGUUGACCCAGCUUGUUUGCAGUCUCUCUACUCGAUUCCGACAACACCCGCGACAGAGACGUCGAACUAUCUUGUUGUCGCUGGGUACGAUGACCAGUACCCGAGUGCCUCUGACUUGGAGCUAUUCCUGCAAUACUUCAGGAUGGACAUUUCGGACACUACCACCUACAAAGUGAUCGAGAUUAGUGGUGGAGAAUACAAUCCAAACGACCCUGGCGUUGAGGCGGAUUUAGACACACAGUACACAAUAGGGCUUGCCACGGAUGUCCCGGUCACAUUUGCUUCCGUGGGCGAGAGCGCCGACGACGGCACGGGCGGGUUUUUGCUCACAGCCCAGUACUUCAUCAACUCGGAUACUUACCCGUCCGUGAUGACCACCAGUUACGGUACCAACGAGAACGAGAUUUCUUCCAAAGUAGCAAACAACCUCUGCAAUACAUAUGCUGCGCUCGGAACGCGGGGGAUUUCCGUUUUGUUUGCAUCCGGGGAUGGUGGGGUGUCAGGUUCCCAGUCUGCGUCCUGCACGGAUUUCGUUGUUACGUUCCCCUCCGGAUGUCCCUAUCUCACCUCUGUCGGUGCGACUGAAGAUUUUAGCCCGGGGACUGCAGCAUCUUUCUCUGCGGGCGGGUUUUCCAACUACUUCAGUCGUCCUUCGUAUCAGAACUCUGCGGUCGAGACCUACCUGGAAUACCUCGGCAAUACCUAUUCGGGGUUAUACAACGCCUCUGGUCGUGGAUACCCAGACGUCUCUGCACAGGGCGUCGAUUUCGUUAAUUUGUGUCUAUCUACCAUACUGGAAUGUAGAGUUGAGAUGUUUCAGCCGCUAUUCGUGUAA